UUGUGUAAAAUCAAGAAGAGUCCCCGGAUGUCACAACGUUGUAUUUCCGGUUUGGCGGUAAAGCGUGUGCUUCUCAGCUGUGCGAAGUAUAAACGUGUGGUGACGAACAAUCAUCACAUUUAUUCAUUCCCAGACAGCAUUAAGUAGAACAGAAAUGAGUUUACCUCUGAACCCGAAACCAUUCCUGAACGGUUUGACAGGAAAGCCAGUGAUGGUGAAACUGAAGUGGGGUAUGGAGUAUAAGGGCUACCUGGUGUCAGUGGAUGGAUACAUGAAUAUGCAGCUGGCAAACACAGAGGAGUUUGUGGAUGGAGCAUUGGCAGGUCAUCUUGGUGAAGUGCUUAUCAGGUGCAAUAAUGUUUUGUACAUCCGAGGUGUUGAAGAGGAAGAGGAAGAUGGAGAAAUGAGGGAGUGAUGUUGAAGAGGACCCAGCCCUGUUGUGUGAUUGUACCUCAUAGUUAAGUUGAUGUGUGUUUGUGUUUUCACCAUGUGAAACAAAUGAACGCCUGCGGAUUAGGUUAUUUUUCAAGCAGUUUUGAAUAUUCCUUUUUUUUUUUUUACUUUGUGAGGCAAUUUUUAUGUUGUGACUUUGUAAUACGGACACAAUAAAAUGAUUAUUGUAACCUUU